AUGAAAUCCUACCACAACUCGCUCAAGAAUGUUGCAUCUUCAGUAGCGCUGAUAAAAUGUUUAAGGUCUAUAAAGCAGAAUGCCUUUGUUGCCUCAAAAUAUCCAGUUGUAAUAAGAUUAGAGGACCAACUUUCUCCCAAUCUUCAGGCCACAGCGGCUCUGAACAUUGGAAAUGUUGACAGUGACAAAGAAAUUGAAGAAUUCGAAUCAUAUAAUUUAUAUGAAAGUUUAAUCGGCAUUCAUGAUGGGAAGCCUAAAGGUGAAUCAGGAAAAUGUGUCGAAGUUGAUCGUAAUAAAGUGAAAUGUCUAAGUUUAAGUGAGCAAGAACUGAAAAUGGAAGUUAUAACUCAUGGAAAUGAAAUUGUCAGGUUUACUCUGCAGAAUUUACUGAGAGUGUAUCCAAAAGGUGCUCGUAUUACCUCAUCAAAUUAUAACCCAUUGAUCGGGUGGAUGCAUGGAGCUCAGAUGGUUGCAUUUAACAUGCAGGUUUCACCUCUUCAUUUUCCUCCUUUUCCAUUUCAGGAUAUGGGAUAUGGGAUAUUUCGUUGGUUGAUGCAUGGAAUGUUCAAAGCCAAUGGUGAAUGUGGUCAUGUUAUAAAACCAGAUUUUCUUUUACAUGUUGGUCCAAAUAAUGAGAUCUUUGAUCCUAGAGCUCAUAUGGUGAAGACUACUUUAAAGGUGAAGGAUUUACUGCCUAUAGAUUUGAGUGCUAUUCUUCUUUUAAGUGUUUCUUCUAGAUUUUUCACAAAGCUUGCAAUACUUUUCUUACUCUUACUUAGGUGGGGUGAUAAGGAUGAACUAGAAAAGACAAGCAAUCAAAGAACAUCAAUGAAAAAGAAGGGAAUUCAUGAGAAAAGAAAGAAUUCCGAUCCAAUUUUGUUAUUCGAGAAAACAAUGAUCGAAGACGAUUGGUCACCUUCAUGGAAUGAGGUGUUUGAAUACCCACUUUCUGUUCCAGAACUGGCCUACUUCGUAUAG